GGAGCCUAAUCUAUUUCUCGCACAUAAUUUCGAACACACAUAAUAACUCAUCAUGGGUUGGGUAUGGGUUCCAGCGCGCUCGUGGAGAAGACCAACAUGGCCAUGGCCAAGAGCAUUGUUGGCCGCCGCUUUCGUCUGGAGUUCUCGGGUCACCGGUACGAGAGAAAGGGGUCGCGCUUCUUGACAGAGGUCAGGGCUGGUCUCGCGACCUUCUUUGCCAUGGCGUAUAUCAUAUCCGUUAAUGCGUCGAUAACUUCCGCAUCUUCGGCAUAUGCCAUCUGUGUCCAGGAAAUCAACAGGGACCUGGUCACGGCAACAGCAGCCAUCGCAGCUUUGACAAGCUUCUGUAUGGGACUCUUUGCGAAUAUGCCUAUUGCUUUGGCGCCAGGAAUGGGACUCAACGCGUACUUUGCGUAUCAAGUUGUUGGCUUCCACGGGCAAGGUCGAGUCCCUUAUCGUCUGGCCUUAACGGCUGUAUUCGUGGAAGGCCUCAUCUUUGUUGCCUUGUCUAUUCUCGGGCUCAGGCAGUGGCUUGCGCGAGCCAUUCCCUCCAGUCUCAAGAUCGCCAGUGGAGCAGGAAUAGGUCUUUAUCUCGCCCUCAUCGGCCUGACCUACAGCGCAGGAAUUGGCGCAAUUACAGGCGAUACCAGUCAGCCUUUGCAGCUUGCGGGCUGUGUCCCGGAACUCCAGGAUGGCAAUGGCUUCUGUACCUCCGGCCAGAUGAGAAGUCCAACGCUCUGGCUCGGUGUCUUCUGUGGUGGGAUCUUCACAUCUUUCCUCAUGAUGUAUCGAGUAAAAGGGGCUAUAAUAGCCGGUAUCCUGCUCGUUGCCAUCAUCUCCUGGCCACGAGACAGUUCCGUCACUUAUUUCCCACAUACGGCCGCGGGCGACAGCAUGUUCGAAUUCUUCAAGAAGGUGGUCACCUUCCAUCCAAUCAAACAUGUUCUCGUCGCUCAAGAUUGGAACAUCACUGGCGAGCACGCCGGGCAAUUUGCCCUCGCCUUGAUUACCUUCCUGUACGUAGAUGUUCUUGACUGUACGGGAACGCUCUACUCCAUGGCUCGCUUCUGCGGUGCUAUCGAUGAGGAUACGCAGGACUUUGAUGGGAGCGCAGUUGCGUAUCUGAUCGACGCAUUUGGUAUCACCAUCGGGUCUCUCUUUGGCGCCCCUCCAGUCACCGCAUUCAUCGAGUCAGGGGCGGGCAUUUCCGAAGGAGGGGCUACAGGCAUUACAGCAUGUGUGACCGGGCUCUGCUUCUUCAUCUCGAUAUUCUUUGCACCGAUCUUCGCGUCCAUCCCCCCUUGGGCGACUGGGUGUACGUUGAUCCUCGUCGGUGCCAUGAUGGCGAGGGCUUGUGUAGAUAUUAAUUGGCGAUAUAUUGGCGAUUCGAUACCGGCGUUCCUCACCAUGGCAGUUAUGCCUUUCACAUACUCGAUUGCCUACGGCCUCAUCGCGGGAAUAGUAACAUAUAUCGUCCUAAACGUAGGGGCGUGGCUCAUAAGCAAGGCAUCAAGGGGGAGAAUAAUGCCGCAUGAUUAUGAACAGAAGGACUACUGGACCUAUAAAGUCAAGGGAGGCCUAUUACCAGGAUGGGUGAAGAGAGCGGCCAAGGGAAAGCGAGACUUCUGGCGAGACUGGGACUUUGAUGCUGAAGAGCUGACGAGCCGGGACUCAUAUGCGAUGUCCAAGAAGAAUAGGGGAAGUGGAAUGAGUACCGAUGGCGGCGUGGCGGUACAGACCAUCGUCAUGACGGGAGACACAUCCUGGGAUGACUGAGAUGUGAUAGAUGUAAUAAUUGUUAGGGAUGGAGGGGAGAUGGCAUGAUGCUUCCUGUCUAGGUACAUUUAGCUUCACAUACUCCUGUCUGGUGCUGGGCCACUUACGAUACGACUAC